AUGGUCGUCAAGCCAUCCUUAGGUUUUCCGCAAUGCGCCUACAUGCUCAAGUACGACUCUACCCACGGUCAGUUCAAGGGAGAUAUCAGCUUCUCCGACAGCGGCCUAGACGUCAAUGGAAAGCACGUGCGCUUUUACCAAGAGCGGGAUCCUGCCAACAUCAAGUGGUCUGAGACCGGUGCUGAAUAUGUUAUCGAAUCCACUGGUGUCUUCACCACCAAGGAAAAGGCCAGCGCCCACUUGAAGGGUGGUGCCAAGAAGGUCAUCAUCUCCGCACCAUCUGCCGAUGCCCCCAUGUUCGUGAUGGGUGUCAACAACGAGAGCUACAAAUCCGAUGUCCAAGUCCUCUCAAACGCUUCCUGCACAACCAACUGCCUUGCUCCUUUGGCCAAGGUUGUCAAUGACAACUUCGGUUUGGUUGAAGGUUUGAUGACCACUGUCCACUCCUACACCGCCACCCAGAAGACUGUCGAUGGCCCAUCCUCCAAGGAUUGGCGCGGUGGCCGUACUGCUGCCCAGAACAUUAUUCCCAGCAGCACUGGUGCCGCCAAAGCUGUCGGAAAGGUCAUCCCUUCUUUGAACGGAAAACUCACUGGCAUGUCCAUGCGUGUUCCCACCGCCAACGUCUCCGUUGUCGACCUCACCUGCCGCACUGAUAAGUCCGUCAGCUAUGAGCAGAUCAAGGAGGCAAUGAAGAAGGCUUCCCAGAACGAACUUAAGGGCAUCAUGAGCUACUCUGAGGAUGCUCUUGUCUCCUCUGACUUGAACGGAGACCCCCACUCUUGCAUCUUUGAUGCUACCGCAGGUAUUGCUCUUAACGACCACUUCAUCAAGCUUGUUGCUUGGUACGACAACGAAUGGGGCUACUCUCGCCGUGUGAUCGACCUGAUCGGUAAAUGGCCCCCCAGGAUUUGCUUUGAGUCCAACGCUAACUGGUCUGUAGCAUACAUUGCCAAGGUUGAUGCCCAGAGCAAAUAA